AUGGCCGACGACCCAAACAAUACAAGCGACAUACCGGGCCGAGCCGAGUCGGCCGCCAACAUAACAAAGGAGGAUGCUGAGACCACCGCCGCGCGGCGCGAGCUCAAGCAAACGACACUUUCCGAGAAGCGGGGCCGUGAGGAGGCCGACGUCGAUGGCAAGAUUCGUCGGUUCACCCCGCCGGCCAGCCUCAGUGUGGGGAAGGGCAAUGCCGCCUCGCCGAAGGAGCAGAUCGCAUCGCCUAAUAAGAAGCGGGCCCGCGACGAACCUGAAGCGAGUAAGGAUGUUGUCGAGGCCACAUUGGUGAAAUCCGAUGUGGACACGGACUCCAGUCCUGAAAGGACGUUGCACAAUAGGCGGGACCGGUCCGAGCCCGAGCAGAAGCGACGACGAGACCGGCAAGCUAGUGCAUCUGCUGUACUAGGGGCCAAGGAAGAAGUGGAACCCCUCUCUGCCAAGGCAUCUCCCAGGUCAAGCCUGGACGGGACACGCCGGGACUCGACGGGCGGGAAUGAUGAUCCCAAGAACAAGAAAACAUCCAGCACAAGUUUCGCUAAGUCAGGCUUCGCAAAGCUGGCUGGCUCGUCCACCUCACCGUUCGGGACUCAGGGCGGAUCGGCACAGCCCAAGCUGUUUGGCUCAUCAUCGAAAUCUUCAUCCUUUGGUCCCGCGCUCAGCGAGUCCGGCCCUUCUCUCGGUGCGCCCGCUUCCACGAAGCCAAAAUUCAACUUCAGCGGAGCAACGGCGUCGUCUCCAUUUGUCACGCAUAACGGGCAGGGCAGCGGGUCGUCGUCUGUGUUCAAUGCAAGCCCCUUUACGAGUAUAUCCGGCGGCACUCGUAUAUCGGGUUGGCUCAACCAGUCGAGCAAAGCCGGCGACUCGUUUAAGAGUGGCAAGUCGGCCGUGCCGUUUGGAGCACCUGCAACCGAGGACGAGAACACGUCAGGGGAGAAGAGCAUUGAUCAGAACAAGGGCGGGAGUACUGUUACUGAGGGUUCAUCUGAAGAUAAGAGCGGGGUGGGUAGUGGUGAGAUUCAGGACUCGAAAGGGACGCCCGAAAAGAAGCAGGUGUUAAAGCCGGUUGAGGUCGACAAUGGCGAAAGUCAGGAGGUUACGUUGUUCUCGCGUCCGGCGGAUAUGUACGUGUCGGAGAGCGGCAAGCUGAGACAGCGGGGCUCCGGCACACUCAAACUCAACGUUCUCAAGUCGACGGUCAAACUGGAUGACAAUGGUGUGCCCAUUCCGACUUCGUUCAACGAAUCUAUCUCCAAGCCCACUAAGGCGGAGUCGACGGUUGAGCCGGAUGACAAUAGCGAUUCCGAGUCGAAAGCCGAGCCGGAUGAUGGUGGCGCCCCCGAACCAACUUCGUCAGACACCUCGGUGCUGGGUGAAGGCGACAGUGGUAAACCCAAGGGGGGAAUUAAGCCCCACAAGCUGCCGCAAGCACGCUUCAUCAUGCGUCAAAAUUCCACUUUGAAUCUGAUACUCAACUCGACUCUGCAAGCGUCGACGACCAUCAUUUUCAACCCUGAUUACGAGAAUAGGGUGACGUUUAGUGCGACCGUAGACCGCAAGCUGACUACGGUUGUCGUGAGGCGCAAGCGCGGGCGGACCACGGGCGACACCACUCCCGUCGGCCCCAGAGUACCUUCACGCACUGCUCGUCCCCUGAAGAGUAUAUCCCGGACAGAUGCAUUGCCCUCUGGCCAGCCAGCCUCUGACACACUCACCCACGGCCCAACAUUAGCCAGCUUUGAGCCUGUUGACGAAGAUGCGGAUAAACCGCAACCACGACAAACGGAGGCUCCUAAAUCAACAUCAUACCCGAGAUCCCAACCCCGGACGAAAACAAAACCACCCCAAGCCAUCCAGCCUCCCACGCAUCCAUGGCCUCCUUAUUUCAACCGACUUGCACAGCUGCACCGCGCUCUUAACCUAGUGUCAACCUUCCUUGGAGCACAGAGGCAGCGGCAGGUUGCCCCAACACUAGAUACGCUACGCCCCGCAGUAGAAGCACAUACAAAAACACGCCCCUCCGGCAUACGCUUCGAAUAUGUCGACGAGGUUGACCUGGCACUCUCCCUAGGUGGUGCUGAGACCGAACGGGAGCGGGAAUAUCUUCUCCAAGACCAAUCCGCGCUGGGGCAGCCGAGAAAGGAGGUGUUGAUGUUUGAGUUUGUCGACGCUGAAUUGAAGCACGACGCUAAAGUGAACAAAUCCCGAGACAACGAAAAUCGUAUGAAGAUGCCCGUCUUCAGUCAGGCGCAAAUGGCGCGCCUAAUCGAACGCCGCAAUACAAAGUUUAAUCAGGCAAUCAACCAGUUUCUAGACAAAUGUGCCACGGACGGUCUGGAUCCUGAGAUGGUUCUCAAGGAUUCCAGCGCAAUGUACACCCCGAAAAUGACGGAAACUCAAGAACAACCGCGGCAUCUGAUCAGCACACUUCCUGCGAGUAUCCCACGCGAGAGGAAGAGCAUACCCGAGAUCAUCCAAGAACUCAAAGACAGCCCGUGGUACACGGGCCAGAUUGUACCGGAUGGCCAUCGAAUGUUUGAAGCACAAGAAGCUGUCUACGGCGACCUGCACUUCUUGCUGAGCCAGGACUUGGUCAACGCACUGUACAACACCAAGGGUAUCACGCAGUUCUACGCGCACCAAGCCGAAGCCAUUAACGCGCUCCACGCGGGCCACCACGUCGUCGUAGCAACUUCUACCAGCUCUGGCAAGUCGCUCAUUUACCAAUUACCCGUGCUGCACGCUCUCGAGCGGGAUCAUCAGACAAGAGCCAUGUAUAUUUUCCCCACCAAAGCGUUGGCGCAGGAUCAGAGGCGUAGCUUACAGGAGAUGGCGGCGUACAUGCCAGGGCUGGCGGACGUGAUGGUGGAUACGUUUGAUGGGGACACGCCGAUGGAGGACAGGAGCAGGAUACGGGAUGAGGCGAAGAUUAUUUUUACUAAUCCAGAUAUGCUGCAUAUCACGAUUCUGCCGCAGGAGGAGCGGUGGAGGACGUUUUUGAAGAAUCUCAAAUAUGUCGUGGUGGACGAAUUGCAUUAUUACAACGGACUGCUGGGCUCCCACGUUGCUUUUAUCAUGAGACGACUGCGUCGGACCUGUGCAGCACUCGGGAACCGGCGCGUCAAGUUCAUCUCCUGUUCUGCUACGGUGGGGAACCCGGAACAACACUUUAGGACGAUAUUUGGUGUAGAUGAUGUACAGCUGGUUUAUUUUGACGGCUCACCGUCAGGACGCAAAGAAUUCCUCUGCUGGAACACCCCAUAUAAAGACCCCCGUGACCCAGCCAGUGGCCGCGGUAACACCAUGUUGGAGUGUUCCCGGCUGUUUUGCCAGCUGAUCCUACGAGGCGUGCGGGUGAUCGCCUUUUGUCGGGUCCGUGAGCAGUGUGAAAAGUUAGUGAGUGCGGCAAAGCGGGAGUUGGCUUCUCUUGGCCGCAGUGAGGUGGCCGGCCGCAUCAUGGGUUACCGUGGGGGUUACACAGCGCAGGAUCGCCGGCAGAUCGAGAGUGAGAUGUUUGAGGGGAAACUCCUCGGCAUUGUGGCCACCACGGCGCUGGAGCUGGGCGUGGAUAUUGGGACGCUGGACUGUGUGCUCACAUGGGGAUUUCCCUACACCAUCGCCAACCUCCGGCAGCAGAGUGGAAGAGCUGGACGGAGGAACAAGGACUCACUGUCAAUCCUGGUUGGUGAUGGGUUUGCCACCGACCAGCACUACAUGCAGAAUCCGGACGAGCUGUUCAGCAAGCCCAACUGUGAGCUGCAGGUGGACCUAGACAAUAUGCUUGUCAAGGAAGGCCAUCUGCAGUGUGCGGCCUACGAGAUGCCCAUCCAGCCGACCGAGGACGCCGUCUACUUUGGCGAUGACCUCGCUCAGCUCUGCCAAAACCGUCUCAUUCCGGAUGAGACGGGCAACGGUGUUUUCUACCACACACACCCACGAUUCCGACCGUUGCCAUCGAGGCAUGUCUCCAUUCGCGACACGGAGGACGACCACUUCGCCAUCAUCGAUAUCACUAACAACCGCAACGUGGUGCUCGAGGAGCUCGAAGCGUCCCGCGCCACCUUCACAAUCUACGACGGUGCCAUAUUUUUACACCAGGGCGAGACGUAUCUCGUCCGCGACUUCAGGCCAGACAAGCAGCUCGCACGUGUCGAGCGUGUCAAAGUGGACUGGCUCACGUCGCAGCGCGACUACACCGACGUCGACCCGAUCGAGACGCACGCCGUCAAGCGAAUCGCCCGCUCACCUUCAUCCUCGACCUCAUAUUCGCCCUCGUGUGCCUACUACGGCGCAAUUCGCAUCACCCAAGUCGUCUUCGGUUACUUCAAGGUCGAUCCGCGCAAUAACAGCCGCAUUAUCGACGCAGUCCCCGUCUCCAACCCGCCCGUCAUCCGCCACACCCGUGGCAUGUGGCUUGACAUCCCGCCACGCGCCCUCGCCAUCCUAGCCGCACGGCGUCUGCACCCGGCGGCCGCGAUCCAUGCCGCGCAGCACGCGCUCAUGAGUCUAAUCCCAAAUUUCGUCGUGAGCAUGCCGGGGGAUGUACGGACCGAAUGUAAGAAUGCGACCAAGGAGUUCUCAAAGCGCGAGACACGGCGGAAGCGGCCAGCACGACUGACGUUUUAUGAUGCGAAGGGUGGCAAAAAUGGAUCAGGAAUCAAUACCAAAGCGUUUGAAUUCGUGGAUAUGUUGCUGCGGCAGGCUCUAGCGCGGGUAUUGGCUUGUCGAUGUGCCGAUCCGGGGAGUGAGGCGGGGAAUGAUGGGAGCGGGUGUCUCGAGUGUUGCGCGUCGGAGCUAUGUAGCAAGAUGAAUCAGGUGCUGAGCAAGGCUGGGUGUGAGGUCGUGCUCAAGGUGUUGCUGGGCGAGGAGAUCGAUAUUGAGGCGCUGCCGAUGGGGCCAGAGGACGGAAGUCCGUUGUUUGAAGGAGUUGAGACGGUUGUGGUUGCGGAGACUGUGUUGGGGCAGGAUGGGAGGGGAUUGCACGUUGAUAGAGAGGAGUCAGAGCAGGAGGGUGGAGACGGCUGA